AUGGCACCAGUCCGCAAGUUGAAAGUCGGCUGUGCCGGCCUUGGUCGCAUGGGAGCUCGUCAUGCACUCAACUUCCAGAACCGUACGCCCCGAGCCGAUCUAGUUGCAGCGUUCACUCCAGACCCAAAGGAGGUCGAAUGGGCGGCAACUGAGCUGCCAGGUGUCAAGGUCUAUACAGACUAUGACGAGAUGCUGAAGCACCCCGGGUUGGAGGCCGUGGUUGUUGCUUCUGUCACGACGGCACAUGCGGAACAAGCUAUCAAGGCUAUCAAUGCAGACAAGCACGUCCUGUGCGAAAAGCCGUUGAGCACCAGCGCGGAAAUUUCACAAUCAGUCGUAGACGCAGCUCAGAAGAAGCCAAAGCUCAAGGUCAUGUGCGGCUUCUCCCGCCGGUUCGAUGCAUCGUACAGAAACGCAUUUGAACAGGCAGACGCCGGUGCCAUCGGCCGCCCUUCGGUGUUCCGCUCUCAGACGUGCGACAAGCUCGACCCUUCUGGCUUCUUUGUCGCAUAUGCCGAGUUCAGCGGCGGUAUCUUUGUCGAUUGCAACAUCCACGACAUCGACUUGGCUCUGUGGUACUUUGGGCAAGACUCUGUCGUCAAGAGUGUGGUGGCCAUGGGCAUCACUGCAGUCCAGCCGGGCCUUCGAAAGCAUAAGGAUGUCGAUAACGGCGUGGGCAUCGUCGAGUUCUGGGGUGGAAAGAUUGCAUACUUCUACGGUAGCCGGAUGAUGGCGGCCGGCCAACAUGACAUGACCGAGAUUAUUGGGACGGAAGGCAAGCUGACGGUCAAUGCCAACCCCAUGGGUUCGUUGGUGGAGAUGCACGAAUCCAAUGGUGUGCGACGUGAGAUUCCACCUGAUUAUUACGGCCGCUUCGAGCAUGCGUUUGUCACGGAAGCGAACGACUUUACCGCGGCAUGCUUGGACAACACCAAGUUGCCUUUCAAACUGUCGGGGGCAGUACAAGCAGUCAAGAUCGGAUGUGCGCUGCAAGAAAGUUUGAACUCGGGACAGAAGAUUUGUUUUGACGAAACAGGGCGGCGGAUCGAGACGGCUAAGCUAUAG